CAGAACCAACUUCCAUCCACAAUCGUCAGCAUCUGAUUCGAAUCUCCGCGGUAGUCCCUUGUCACCUUCGUAAUCGGAUUACUCAAAAAUAUUUAUCUUUCCGCCAAAAACCAAACCGUGAUGUGAGUUGAAACAAUGCGCGCAUAUUUUACCGGUCCGCCGACUGUACACACGUAACUUCAACGCCGAAGAGUUGUGUAGAUUUGCCGGAUUUUCACGGAGACUUCGCAGUUUUCCUCAUCACGUGUGCAAAACAGUGUUUUCUUCGAACCUUUUGUUAACCCUCCUGGAGUCUCUUGCGUGAAACAAAUGAAUCUGUUCGUACAUGGAAACUUUGCUGAAGAACUGGACAUCGGAGGGCAGAAUUGAACAGAUUCAUGCCGAACACUGCUGUAAAGUGACAUCUCUCAUGGACAUUCCGAAGUAAGAGUACCUCAAAUACAUUUGGAUUCUUAUUCCAUCAACGUAGAACUACCAAUGCGUCAGCAACAAACCUCGAGUAACAAGAUCACAUCAUAAAUGGAUUCAAAGUGCAAUAUUAGAUGUGAAUCGAUAUAUUUUAUUUAGUGCUGGGAAACUAACAAGUCUACCUAUGAUGUGAUGUGAUCAGUGACAAAUCCGGGUGGAACAGUGCAAUAAUAUACAACUAAGUGACAUUUUCGAAGAUAUUCAGGUAUAAAUAGUGUUCAAUAAUGUGUAUAAUUAUGAUACUAAAUAACUGCAGUGAAAACGAAUCGUUAAGUAUGCAUGAGAAAAAAUGUGAAUUCUUCAGGGUCUGAGCUUAUCGAUGUACAAUAAUUAAUUCAAGAUUCAAAUUGAUCUGAAUAGGAAAUAUAUGAGAAAGUUGUUUGGUGAAUGGUAGGUGCCAAUUAAAAUUGAAUCAUUGAGGAUUGAAUUGAUUUGAAAUGAGAAGUGUUUUUCGCCUACUGUAGACACAAAAAUGAGAGUAAAUGUUAUUGUGACUUUGAGUGAUCUGGAGCGAAGAGAUGGAAAGUGUUUUCUCGUGUACUGUGGACACUAGUUGUGGUUAGAAGAGGAAAGAUGCGUGGAAAACUUCAACAACCAGGCAAUCCGCACCUGGUGGAGGACGAGGAUGAAGAAGAGGAGGAAGAGGGGGAGGAGGAGGAUGAGUUUUUGGGACUGAAGCCGCCUCGACCGAGUCCGCCUGUCUUGGAGUCGAGCGGCGGGUUUUGGAUGGCGGCAGUUACGGCCGCCUCCGGGGGCGGUCCGGGAAUUGACGGGGUGCCCCCGGGGCCCCUGGGUCCGAUGGGCGGCGAGACAGGAUUCAUCAGCAGUCAGCCGUCAAUGGCCGAGUUCAUCCUGCCGCAUCACCUGCAGGACAUGCCACCCGGACCCCCCAUGAGCCCCUCUGGACAGGGGUAUCCCCCGGGGCUCGUCGAUCAGCCUCCGCCCGGUGUCAACGUUCAGGAGUAUCCCUGGAUGAAGGAGAAGAAGACCACUCGCAAAAGCAGUCAGCAAGAGAAUGGCCUGCCGAGGAGAUUGCGCACUGCUUACACGAAUACUCAACUUCUGGAGCUGGAAAAAGAGUUCCACUUCAAUAAGUACCUGUGCAGGCCUCGUAGAAUUGAAAUUGCUGCUUCAUUAGAUCUCACUGAAAGACAGGUGAAGGUGUGGUUCCAAAACAGGCGGAUGAAGCACAAAAGGCAGACACUCAGCAAGCAGUCAGAGGAUGGCGACGACAAGGACUCGCAGAGUUCGGGUGGCAAGGGCGGCAAGGGGAGUGACAAGAGCCUCCUGCUCUCAGACGAAGCCGCCAAGAAAAGCUGUCAAAACUGUGAACUUCCUGGUGGUGUGCUCGGUGAUCAUAUAGGGCGUGGACCUCUUAGCAAUAACAACAAUAAUAAUAACACAAACAAUAACAAUACAGCCAAUAGUAAUAGUAAUAGUGGGGCAAGCAGUGUGACUAGCACCAGUUCGAGUCUGGAGAAGCUGGAAGAGGACUCAAGGUCAAACACUUCACCAGGUCCGGGCAUGUUGCCUGGGAAGGUAGUUGUGAAAGUUGAGGGGAAUUCCAUGUGUUCAGCGUCUCCAGGCAGUGGAACGGGCGCUAAGAAGGGUAAUGCUCUUGUGAAAACACCUUGCACCACACCGGACCUAUCGGCCGGGGCUACGAACUUGUAUCAGGGUCCUCAAAAUCGGCCAAGGAGUUCUCCAACCGCCGCCACUGCGAUUGCAACGGUGACCGCCUCUGUGACAAGUGCCCUCCAGCAGCCUCCCAUGAUGGCGCCUUCCUCCUUGGUGCAAAUCGUUCGUUGCACCGCUCCCACAGGAUUCCCCUCCCCUCCACAGCAAGCCAGAGCUGUGGGAGAUUACAGUACAAGGAUGACUGCUGCCCAAUCCUACUCAGCAAGACAACAAAACCCUGUGUCCUACACAAGAGAUGCCUACCAGCAAAGACUAUCCUACAACUCACCUGAAACCCCUCCCACACCUUACCGCGCCCAAGGCCCCACUCCUAGACAAAAUGGUCUCAACAAUCUAGUUCCUCGCAAUGUCAACCAACUACCAACACACCAUCCCAGCUCAAGAACCUAUCCUCAAAACCAAACCUCCACCCAGAUACAACAGCAGCAACAGUAUUGUGGGCCUAUGUACAAUGGGUACACGCAGACUGAUUCCUAUGCAAGUCAAGGAUACCAUAGGUAUCAAGGUAGUGGGUACCAGGAUCAUGAGCCAUACUUAUCGUCCCCUGGUAGUACUAACUAUGGAAGUGCUGGAUACCAGGGGAAUUUGGCUGCCUACAACACUGAAUUACAUAGUCAUCAGAUACAACAACAUCAUGCUCAACAGCACCAGGAUGCUUCAAACUAUUACUACCAGUCUCAACAGCAUCAAGGACAAACACAGACACAACAACACCUGGAUUACACACCACCCAACAGCAACAAGAUGCAGCAGGGCUCGUCGUACUACAGUGGUACCACCUCUACAGACACACAUCCCCAGUCGCAGACUCAGUUCGCCCAAGAUCAGUUCCAGUCAGCGGCUGUGAUGACCCCUCCUAGCAGCGUGCGGACUGACUCGUCAGGUGACCACUUCAAUUCGUUCCACCACUUCUACAGCGAGCCACCCCCGCACUCGCAGCAUCAUCCUGGCGAAAACAGCAACAGUUCUUCGGACUUCAACUUUCUCACCAACCUAGCCAACGACUUCGCGCCAGAAUACUAUCAGCUCAGCUGAGAUAUGUUAGCCAUGUAAAAAGUAGAUAGCUCUCUAUUCUGCAUCCGUUCUUCGAUACAGGAUGAAUGAUCUAGGUAUUGGCAAACUCUUAUUCAAGUUCACUACCCCAGAAAAUGAGUUAUUCGAGUUAGCUUCCACAGAAAGGUAGUUUAUUCAAGUUCGCUUCCACAGAAAGGAGGUGAUUGAAAAGCCUAGACAAUUUUAGAUAAAUUUCAUGAGAUAUUAUCACAUUUAGUAGGCAUAUAUAUGGCCAACAGUAGGCCUGCAUGAGGCUCAAUGUAGACCUUACAUUCUGAUAUUAAAAAGUUUCAGUAUUAUACUGCUCUAAACAACUAUAUAGAAUAAUGUAAUUUUACAUUAUAUUUUUCAUGAUUGUUCUCUGAUGCUAAAAUUUACUGGUUUGGUUGGUUUCAGAUUAACGGUAUUUUGGAAAUCUUACUUACAUUAUGCUUGGCGCUAAAGCUAUCAGAGCAUACAUGAACUGGAGUUCAGUUUCAUAAAUUUGUUAAACCGAGUCGAAUCACAAAGUAGCCUAUUAGUUCUCUUUGGAAAGUCUAUUUGGGAAUUGCAAAAAAUUUGGUACUCUGAAAUCUUCAAUAGGAGAACUAAUUGAAAACUGUGAGUGUUACAUAAUAUUCACUUUUCUUUAUAAUUUACUGUAGAACUUUACAAAUAAUUUCAAACUAUAGAGCUAUAAGAGAACUAUGUAGUACUGAAGCUUGGUUGAAUAUCUAAUUGCUUGAUCCCGGUGAUUAAGAUCAUUCAUUCUAUUUAAGAACGGAUGCAGCAUAAUUCUUGUUCGAAUUAUGUAAAUAAGUGUAUAAUAAACCUAGAAACGGUAAAAUAUUUCAUAUAGGGACCCAUUGCUUCUCUGAUCAAUCCUUAAAUAUUGUUAUGCAUAGUUUAAUAUUACUGUUAAAAUAGUAAGAAAUAGAUGGAAAUGCUACCGUAAAUAUAAAUAUGAUAAAAGACGAGGGUUGAGUCACAGUAUUUCCAAUAAUAAUAUUGUUUAGUUAUUUGUUGAUCAAUUAUCUCAAUAGAUUAUUUUAGACAAGAGGACAAGUGCAAUCAAUUUCAGUUCUUUGGAGAUCUGAAUGCUUUCCUAUGGGUAUUAAUAAAACGGUUAAACAAGGGGCUCACUAGUGAUUAUUAUUGAGUGUUAAUCAAAAAAAAGGCUUAAUUAGCCUCCACCAAAAAAUUAUUUUCAGAGAAACAAGAGUUAAUAAUAUUAUACAAAUGAAUUUCCCGGUGAAAUAUUCAAAUAAGAUCUCCAAAAAAAUAGAAACACAUUUAAAGAUAUUAGAAAUCGAUAUCAUGAGAAAUGCUUGGAAUACAAAAUAAACUUUGUAUGAUUUUUUCAAACACUUUGUAUACCAAAUACAGAACUUCACUUCUACCCGAUUUCAAAACAUUCUAUGAAUCUCUAGAUCUCAAUAGAAAAUUUCCAAAUAAUUAUUAUAAUAUACCAUUUCAUUUUCCAUCUGAAAGAAACGUUGUCAUAGCUUAAUGCUGAAUCGCUAGUCGAAGUUUGCUUUUAACCACCCAAAAUCAAAUAAGAAACUCGACUAACGACUUAUUGGAAUGAACCUUAGAAGCUCUAGAUCGAUCCACAAUCUUAAUAUCUCAAUUCAUAUUAUUUAUUCCAUUACCGAAUGAUUCCUGCUACACAAAUUGCUUAUGGACUGCAAGCUUUCCAAUGCUGCAAUCAUAAUAAUUAUUAUGGAAUACGAACUAAAUGGCAUUAAAUUAUAGAAGUUCACUUUCCUCUGAUCUCCUGUUUCAAAAGGUUUCUUGUGAGAACUAAUUAAAUUUCUACACAUCAAUAAAAUGUGAGCCUAUAGAUACUCAUGUAUGAAUCUUCAACAAGGAUCUACCAUAACUAGCUGACUCGCAAGAGUCACCAGCAUUCUAUAAAAUCUGUGUUUAAACAUAAUGUUAUUUGAUACAAUGGUUAUUUUUAAUGUUUUGACACAGCGUACUGUACAGUUUUAAAACACUAUUGUAAUAAUAAACUAAAUGGUUCUCA